AUGCAUUUUCUUUCGAAAUUAUCACCAGUGUUACGAAUUAAUCAAGCUUUAAAUAGAUUGCCUUCGGGAGUGUUAACAUCUAAAUGCAGCUUCGAUAGGUAUUAUUCAACUGAUAAAGAGAGUAGAUUAACUCAGAGUCAAGAAAGAAGUGAUGUAUCUACCGAUGUUCGACCUGUGGGAGAAAAAAUCAAAGAGGCUACAAAAACUGCAUCUUAUACCGGCAUAAUUUUAGUUGGCGUUGGCGUUACGGGUGUAAUUUUUUACUAUGUGUUCAGAGAGUUAUUUUCAAGUAACAGUCCAAACAGCAUAUAUUCAGUGGCUCUCGAAAAGUGUAAAAAUGAUCCCGAUGUAGAACACGCAUUGGGACCACCAAUAAUAGGUUAUGGAGAGGAAACUAGUAGAAGGCGAAGAACCCAUGUCAGUCAUGCUGUGUAUGAAAAAGAUGGUGUGAAACAUAUGAGAAUGAGGUUUUAUAUCAAGGGAAUGAGAAAUAAGGGUGUUGUAGAAUUAGAUAUGAAGCAGAAUGAAUAUGGUAACUAUCAGUGCAGAUAUCUACUAGUCCAACUAAAUGACUACAGUGGCAAGACUUUCAUCAUCGAAGAUAAUCGGGCAACACUGGACCAAAAUAAAUCAGAUUUUAGCAACCAACUGCCCACACUGACACUCACUCAAUAG